AUGAAUAGUCCGUCUGGCGACUCUCGCAUUGAUGCCAUAAAUCACCUCCGAAAAACACUCAGUUGGCUGAAGAACAACCCGUAUCCGUAUGUGGCUGGUCCGGAGACGCUCAAGAAACGUGCAUCUGUGGCCUUGAUCGUGCGCAUACAGCCAUCAUACGCCCAUCGACCGGAUAGUACCGCUCCAUCCGCUCGCGACUUGGACUCUUUCUUUGCCCAGGAGUGGGUCAAACAUGGAGAGGCUGAGGUGCUUUUCAUAAAACGUGCUGCCCGUAAGGGUGAUCGUUGGACUUCUCAUGUUGCCCUACCCGGUGGUAGACGAGAUCCCGAAGAUGCAGAUGAUGAGCAAGCUGCAGUUCGUGAAGCCGCUGAGGAAGUGGGCAUUGACCUGUCCGAGAACACAUCAAUCGCUGUUGGCAAUCUUCCCCAAAGAGUUGUUACAACCAGCUGGGGACGCGUACCGUUGAUGGUCCUAUGUCCAUAUGUCUUUCUUGUUACGCGUCACGACCUCCCUCAGCUCCGUCUGCAGCCUACCGAAGUUGCUUCAACGCAUUGGGUGCCCAUACGCUCACUUCUGGAUCCAAAGCAACGGACUGUAUCCUUGGAAGAUGUUUCAAACAGGCUGGCGAACCAGGAGACCGGCAACAAAAGAUGGGCAUUGGCUGGUAUGCUUGGUAAAAUGGAGUUCAGUGCUAUCCAAUUGCUUCCUACAGAGAGCCUAUAUUGCCAUGAGUCGCCGUCCGACGACUCGACCCAACACAAUCCUGCACCUCCAAGAAACGCAUUUAAGAGAUUCUUGAGCUUGAGCCAUUCACAAAUGUUACCUCCUCCACCGCAAAAUCAACCUUUAAUUCUGUGGGGCUUGACGCUUGGUGUGGUGGCUGAUUUCCUUGACUUACUACCACCACACAAUGCGUUGGAGCUGUGGACUUAUCCUACCUUUACAAUGCCGGACAUCAGACUAGUGAUAUGGCUCACUACUUACAAGUUUAGGGAAAGUAAAAGACUGCAACUGGAAGCAGGCAAUACCUCCGGUCCGCCUACCGCAGCUGUCGAGGAAGGGUUGGAUGCCGUCUCUAUGCCAAACGACGAGCGCUUUAACGAUGUAGGAAUGGGAGGUCUGGGUUCUGGACGCAGCUUGAAGGGUCGCUCUUUCGAGAGCGCAGUAGGGACUAUGCUUGAGGGUUAUUAUGCUUGUAUGAGAAAAGGCGUGACUUAUGCUUUGAUAUGCCGAGCGGUCGGUAUUGCUACGGUCACGGCUUGGCUAUGGUCGAAGAGAUGGGCUUUCGGAAAUGUGUUUGCUCGAUAG